AUGGUGGGCAUAUUGAAAUUACCCAACAGAGGGCCUUACGAUCCAAUGUACGAUGACCUAGAAGAACCAGAGGAUGGAAUGGUUCACAGCCAAAUGCCGCCUGACGAAAAGUUUUACGAGGACCCCGACUUCUACGAUACCUUGGGGCGCUCACUAGUCGAGCAGAGAAAGGUUUUUACUGUUGAAAGGUCGGCAGAAGAGCAGAUAGACAUGGUUCACGCUAUUCUCGAACAAUGUCCAACCGGUCCCAGCGGUGUCAGUCGCGCAUGGAACGUUUGUCUGGAAGCAGCAAUCAAGAAUGCCGCAACGGUCAUGGAAUAUCUGGUCAAAAACCAGAACCUGCACGUCAGGAAUGCCCCCGAGCAGGCCUUGGAUCUCAAGGUCGAAGUCCACAUAGCGGCAUCAAUGGGAAACCUGGACGUGCUAAAGAUCUUGAUUGAGCGCGCUGGGGCUGACAUUAAUGUCAUUAACAACCUCAGAACACCGCUAUCUAUUGCUGCCUUGAAUGGAGAGAUUGACACGGUCAAGUGGCUCAUUGAGCACGGUGCCGACUGUACGGAAGACUCAGAGACACUGAUUCUUUCUUCACAUGGCGGCAAGGUCGAAAUUUUGAAUCUUCUGCUCGAUCAUGUGACGGAGAAAGAAUCCGAUAAACCCAAGACGGCAUGGUUCGAUAGACAAAUGUUGGGCAAUGCAGCAUCAUCUGGCUCAGAGGAGAUGAUGAGAUUUGUCAUGGAACUUGGAGGCUACGGGACCGCAACUGAGAACAGUGAAGAACAGCGCGAAGCUGCUCUAGAAGCUAUCCCGCGCGCGUUCAAGAAUGACAGGACGAAUCAGGCCUGUGUCGAUUUGGCCAUCAGGAGCGCAAUCCCAAAGAAUGGGGCCGGCGAUUUCAUCCGCAGUGACAAUGCUCUAGUCUUUGAUUGCUUGAAGUCAGCCGUUUCCAAUUGUUGUAUCAUAGCCAAGCCUGAGGACAUGCGCCACAUGCUUGAGUUGGUGCUGCAAUGCACAAAAGUAACCAAGGAUUCGGCACCAUUCAGUCAACUACUCGUUAAGGCCAUCCGUGGGUGCUACCAUCCCAAGUCUCAAGCCUGCGCAAAAGAGCUGUUGGACCAUUGGGGGGCUUCGGCCAACACAAAUGAUCCCAAUGAGGAUAAUUGUCUCCCGCUCGCUCCGGCUGCCAUCUCAUUUGGGGAAUUGGAUUAUGUCAGAUUCUGGCUUGAUCAUGGUGCUGAUAUCCAUCGAGCGACCGGCCCGUUUUCCAACGGCCCGACCGCGCUGUCAUGGGCAGUGAGGCUGGGCAAUGUGGAGGCAGUCCUCUUGCUUCUGGACCGCGGCGGUCCGAUAGAUUACAUUGCUGGUGGGCUAGAGAGACAGAAGAGGCUUUGUGUUCGGUGUACGGGAGAAUUGGGUGUAGUCUCUCUUUUGGCGGCGGAAUCUGUCAAGAGCAAAGAGGACGACUGGGAUGGAGAGGAUGGAGCUGACGAUGGGAGUGUUGCGGAUGGAGUCAAGAGCAUUGAUAGUGGGACAAAUGAGGAUGAUGAUGAAGAUGACGAGACAGACUACGCGCCUGGGGCAGACGAGGUGGUGAUUGAGUUGGCACAAGUCACGCAGGCUUGGUUGGAAAAGAUUCAACUGCGGCGUCCCGUGGCGGAUUUAGCACAAGAUGGAACCGGUCGACCGGUCAAAGAAACAAGCAAUAGUGAAUAG